AUGGGUGCCGUAUCUGCUCUCCUCUUGGUGCUAAUCACCAUCAUUUUGCCUCCGGUUGGAGUUUAUCUAGUUGCAGGAUGUGGUGCUGAUCUAUUGAUCAAUAUCUGCUUGACAGUUCUUGGAUACAUCCCAGGUCAUAUCCACGCCUUCUACCUUGAAUACAUCUACUUCGACCGGCGCGAACAAGCUCGUGAGGGUCGCUUCACAGCCAGUCGCGCUCCAGGUGUCUACAGCGACCGUGUUCAGUCAGGCGGACAUGGCUACGGAACUAUUGUACAGCCCGUCCAGUAA